CAACAAACAAGUUAAAAUAAUUUAUUGUCUAAAUUAGUGCCACCAGCAGAAGUGUGUAUUAAAAAUAAAACAGUUUAAUAAUAGUGUUAUAAAAAUAGUUUUCAAAAAGUUUCUGUUUUGUCGCAGUGACACUUAAAUAAUAUUAAAGGAAACUAAAAAGUAAUUAAAGAAACUUAACUAUGGCCUCACAUAAACUAUAAUAAAAAAUAACACCAAUCCUCCAACAAACGUAGAACAUACCCCAGCCAAAGUAUCGAAAACAUACAACGAAAACGAAGAAAAUCUACGAGAUUUAAACGAAAUAUUAGUAGUCAAUCAUACACCUACGACAAGCAUAUCUGUAUCUGUAAAUAAUUCUAAAAAUUUAGCAACAAUUCAUAACAACAAUGAAGUCAUGUCAACAACAAAACCAACGACAACAAUACCAACUAAUCAAACAGCACCAAUUGCACGUGAAGAAGAUGCCGAAGAAGAAAUCGAAGAAACAACGUUUGAGGAGCAACAUAAGCGCAACAACGAAAUGAUACCAAAAUCUGUAGGAGAAGAGUAUGAGCAACACUACCAAGUGAUCAAUGAAAUGGCGGUGCGUCGUAGUGUUGGCGGUGGUAGUAAAUCAUCGCGUGUACGUAAUUAUUUGAAAAAAUGUAAAGAUCGCUGGUUGGCAGUUGGUUUGCAUAAUCAAAUGCAAGAAUAUCACAAUAAUACAGGUCAUGAUCCAAAAUCAACAAUGUCUACAAUAAAUGAGCUAGAUGUCAGUCAAGACUUGGGGCCAAAAACAGAAACAACAUCAGCUAAAGUAACGGAUUUUCCAAACAAUAGAUUGUCUUCAUUGGGUGGUGCUAGUGAGUCCGUCAACAAAGGUAGUUCCACUAAUUGUGCCCUUGGGAAUGUGAUGAAAAUGGAAGACGAAAAUAAUGUUGACGAUGACGACGACGAUGACGACGACGAUGAUGAUGACGUUGUUGAUGAAUCGUAUGAAGAUAUUGAUUUUGGUCUAGGUUCUGCAUUAACUAAAACAGCAGCAGGAACAACAAAGAAAAUUACAAAACAAGCUCGCAGUCGUAAUACUUCAACAAACAUAAAUGUUGUUGGAAAUUCUGUUCAAAUUGAAACACGACAGGAAAAGAAACAUUUAAAGUCAAUGGCCCAACAACAAAAACAACAAGAGCAUGACCACGAUAAUAUGGAUGAUGAUGAAAAACAUGUAGAACAAUUAGUAGAUUCUAAACAAAUGGAGUCUCAUAUUGCUGCUCUGAUUGACAGGCAUCUUGCAUGCAUUUAUCCCGUCUUUACUCAAACAACACGUGCAGUUUUAAUACGUGAGGCACGUGACGUUCUCGUGAAGAUCUAUCACGGUUGUUUGACAACAUUUGAACGGCAAUUCCUAUGUAAAUUUACAGAGAUCGCUGUCAUGCUAAAGGAACGUCAUCGUGUCGGUGAG